UAAGUUCUUGAUGCUAACGUGAUACUUCAAAUCAACAUGUUCCUGUACAUAUUAAACUAGUUGUUGGUCAAGUGGAUGACUAAGUUACCAUGCUUGUGAAGAACUAACCCUAAUUUGAAUGAACAGCAGCCCUAAACCCUAUGCAGCAAAAUAAGAGAGAAAGAAAAUCAGUCACCAAUGAUUCCACCAUGGAGUCAUCUUCAACAAAUCUUCUAUACUUCACAGCAGAGACGACAAGUUGAACCUUAUCGGCUGCAAUAGUGGCAGAUUCAACAGCCGCACGUGCCUCCUUCUCAGCAACCAACGCCGCACAUCUGGCCUCCGCAGCUGCAACAACCGCAGCACGAGUAGCAUCAACAGCUUCUGCAACAGCGACGACCGGAGCAGUUCAAUCCAUCUCUGGGAUUUGAGUGAGGCACCUAGGGUGCCGCGGUUAGGGUUGCGCAGCAAGAGGAAAGAACGGCGGCGGCUAGGGUGCGUGUCUGGUAGCGAGAAUAGGGAGAAGGGUAAUAGAUGUAGAGACGACGUGAGUAUCAUUAGUUUAAUCCUCGAUGUUACCUGAUAAUAGAGUAGUCAUGUCUAUUUUAGAGUGUGAGUUGUCCUAUAGUUUUUUAUAACGGAGAAUCUCUCUCCUAAUCCUCCAAUUCGUCGAAGCCGGACUUGCAAAUUUCUCCCGGUUCGUCGGGUGCUGUCCGUCCCUUUGUCGGUGGUCGUUGUUCCCAACCAAAAUUUCCACCCCUUCGUCAGCCCCUUGACCACCGUUCCAACCCUCUCCCAUCGCGUCGCCUCGAAGGAAGCGCGGCUGAUCCUGCUCCAAGCCUCCAACCCUAGCUUCCCCGCUCCCCACCUUCCUCCGUCCGGGGCUCAUGGCGGAGAUCGAGGUGGUAUCCGAAGGCGGCAGGCGGGACGAGGACGAGGAGCGGCGGCGGCAGCAGCAGCAAGGCGCGGGGGAGCCGGACCCCGUGGUGGACGUGUACUCUGCGGCGGCGUAUGGGGACCUGGAGCGGCUCCGCGGUUUCGUGGAGCAGGGGGGAGCCGCCACCGCGCUCAGGGAGCCCGACGGCAACGGCUACCACGCGCUCCAGUGGGCCGCGCUCAACAACUACCCCCACGUCGCGCUCUACAUCGUCGAGCACGGUGGCGACGUUAAUGCGACGGACCACGCGCGGCAGACGGCGCUGCACUGGGCGGCCGUGCGUGGGUCCACUUCCGUGGCUGACGUGCUGAUGGAGCACGGAGCGAGGGUCGAGGCCGCCGACGUCAAUGGCUUCCGGGCAGUCCACGUUGCAUCUCAGUAUGGCCAAACAGCAUUCUUGCAUCACAUCAUCUCAAAGUACGGUGCAGAUUUUGAUGCUUUGGACAUUGAUGGGAGGAGCGCUUUGCACUGGGCUGCCUACAAAGGAAAUGCAGAUACAAUCAGAUUACUGCUAUUUAUGGAUGCUAAUCAAGUAAGGCAAGACAAAAAUGGUUGUACCCCUUUACAUUGGGCUGCCAUAAGAGGAAAUUUGGAGGUUUGCACAGUUCUUGUACAUACUGGUACUAAGGAAGAGCUCACACUAAAGGAUAGUGGUGGGUUAACUCCUGUGCAACUGGCAGCAGAAAAAGGUCAUCGACAUCUUUCCAAUGUCCUUUCUAAUGCUACAAAAGUAAGCUUUGAAGAUAAGUUUUUCCCUGGAAAAUCAAGGAAAAUUGGAUAUGCCCCUUUCUUGUUUGCUUAUCUUGUCAUCUGCCUCAUCCUGUUCCUAAACUCAAUUGUAUUUGCACCUAAUUUUUCUAGGAUCACUGCUACUGCUGGUCUUUGGUCUUGGGCUGCUGUAUCACUUUUCUUUGCAUCACAAGUAAUGUUCUACAGAGUUAGCAGAAAAAAUCCUGGCUACAUCAAGGCAAAUUCCAAGCGAAUUGACCCAAAGGAGCCACUUAUGGAAAUUGAUCUUACCAAUUCCUCUACUUGGACAGGCAAUUGGUCUCAGCUAUGCCCUACUUGCAAGAUAAUUCGACCUAUGCGCUCCAAACAUUGUCCAACUUGUAAGCAUUGUGUUGAGCAGUUCGACCAUCACUGCCCAUGGAUAUCAAACUGUGUUGGAAAGCGAAAUAAGUGGGACUUUUUUGUGUUUCUUUGGAUGGGGAUAGCUACAUCCUUUCUUGGUGCUGCUGUUGGAUUCCACAGACUUCAGACAGAGCCUGUUAUACUCUCAUCUUCAGAAUCGUGGAUACAUUUUAUGGUGACAAAGCAUCCUGGUGCUGUACUGUUCAUGUUUCUUGAUGUCUUUUUGUUAACUGGAGCUCUUAUUCUGACUGGAGCACAAGCAGUACAGAUAGCACGGAACAUCACAACUAAUGAGGCAGCAAAUCGAUCUCGUUACACAUAUCUUCGAGGGCCUGAUGGGCGUUUCAGAAAUCCUUACAGUCGAGGUUGCCAGAGGAACUGCACUGAUUUUCUUAUCAGUGGAUACAGCAAUGACGAGGAGGUCGCAUGGCCAACACUUCAACAAACAGUACAGUGAAGAUAGAUGCACUGGUUCAUGAAACAAAAGUGUUAUUGACAGAUUUAAUGCCCAAGAUCCCUGGAAAGCUUAUGCUUUAGCGCUCCGAAUAUUUCAGUUUGUUCAGACACUGGAUUGACAAUGGUGUGAAGAGCGACCUGGGGUCACAUUCUGAGUGGCACCCUUUUAUUAUAAGGGUCUUUAGUAAGUGCUGUCGGUCAUGGAAUUGUUUGAUACUGUAGAUUGUUCGCAUGCGUGGGUGUGCAGCAGUAUGUUUUCUUUUCUCCGGCUACAUGUUUUGCUAGGACAAGUCAUCUAUUCAUGUUAUCGAGAUGAGUGCUGAUAGUGAUAGAUGGUGAAUGCUGGUUUUCUGAUCUCCGGUGUAGUAAGUUGAAUUCACAAUCUUACUCCAUUCACGAAAUAUACACGGGACAACUGAGCAAGUA